GACUACUUCUACUGAAAGACUGUGGUGUGUUAAGUUCACCGCACACUUCCUAGUUUCCUUUUUGUAUUAACAUUGUGCUUUUCAGAGUUAAGUGCUGCUCAGGCUCAUGGCAGCAAUGAAGCGAUGCUGGUUCAAAGAGGCACCUUUCAAGCUCUGGACCCUGCUGGCAGUUUCCCUAAUCUUUUCGCUGGAUCUGUGUGUUGCACAACGGCUCGUGAGUUUACAAAAAAGCCCUCUUGUCCGUGUUGAAGGGCACCAUACAACAAUCCAAUGUGACGUGAGUGGGUAUCAGGGAUCCCUCGAACAGGACUUUGGUUUUUCUAUCUUUCGACCAGAUAAACCUCAGUUGAAAAUCCAGAUUAUCAGCACUCAUGAUUCAGGCUUUUCAUACGCUAAGUAUGGAACCAGAGUGCGGAACAAGGAGAUUUACAUAGAGAGACUGGCAAAAGACUCAGUGCUGUUGCACAUUACAGACCUGAAACCAGAUAAUCAAGGACUGUAUGAGUGUUUCACCCCAAACACAGACGUUGCUUAUUGGGGGUCCUACAGUGCUACAACGAAUUUGACAGUCAUUCCAGAUACGCUCAGUGCAACAUCGGUACCCCAGACCCUGAGUAAAGUAGAAGGUGACUCUCUAGAGCUGCUGUGUGAGGUAUCAAAGCAAACCUUACAGCACACGCAUGUGGCUGUCUCAUGGUACCUACAGAAGGGAGGUCAGAAUCUCAAGGUCAUCUCUCUAACGCAAGAACUCAUUCUGGAAGCUGGAGAAGUGUAUAAGCGAAGGCAGGCAUUGGGAGAUGUACGCCUGGACAAGAUUGGAGCCACCUCAUACAAAUUAACCAUCGACAAACUGCAGACAUCAGAUGAGGGGGAGUUUUAUUGUGAAGCCAGAGAGUGGAUCCAAGACCCGGACAAUGCCUGGUAUGACCUGAACAACAAGGGCACAGACAAAACUGUGGUGAACAUUAAAAGCAUAGGUAAGGAGUUCCGUGCUCGGAUUGAAGCCACUCCAGCCAGCAUCAAUGUUGGAGCUUCAUUGGAAGUAGUCUGCAUUGUCGAAGCUCAGAACACUCCCGACCGCCACUUCUCUGUCACCUGGUUCUUAAAAAACAAGGAAAUAAUUCGCUUGGGACCCAAUGCAGUGCCAGUGUUUCAUGGUGAAUAUUUCAACAGAGAGAAUCUGGGGAAGGUGAAGGUCAAUAAGAAAAGCAACUCAGAGUAUCUUCUAAAGAUCUAUCAGGUUCAAAUGGAAGAUGGUGGCGUAUAUUACUGUCAGGUGGAAGAGAGUGAGCAGAUAUCAUCGGGAGCCUUUUCUACCAAGAAAUCAGAGGAAGUUACAGUCACCGUCGAGAGACCACAGGCAAACCUGAAUGUGGUUAUCAGCCACAAAACAGUCCAACUCUUGGAAGGCGACUCUCUUGAGAUCACUUGUGACAUCCAGUCGACGACUGGAAGCCAUGGCCAGCUCUCUGUAGAUUGGCAAUUCCUGAGCAGCAAGGGUGAAACCAGCAAAAUCAUCAGCAUGGACCAGGAUGGCACCCAGGUUACUGCUGAAUCAUACCGUAAGCGCGAUGUCAGGAUGGCGAGGGUGCAAUCGGAUGCCUUCAGUUUGGGGAUUUAUAAUCUGAUGACAUCAGACAGUGGGCAGUACACAUGUAAAGUGGUGGAAUCAGAAGCAGAGUCCAAGCAACUAACUGGCGAGUACGUCAGCAACAGUACAGUCUUGACCAUUGAACCACUUGAAAACAAUUUCAAAGUUACUGCAAUGACCAGGACGCCAGCAGUGAAGUACAAUGAUACUUUUAAACUCCAGUGUGUCAUUCAACCCAGGUAUCCUUCCCAUGUGAUAGUAUCUGUAAUCUGGAAGUUCCAACCUAACUCAUCCACAGACAGCUACAAUCUGGUCACUUUCACACCCAAAACUGCUAUUGAAUGGGGGGACAAGGUGGAUAACUUCAAGACAAAGACCUCGGUGGUGAAAACAGUGUCCAAUAUUUUCCGUCUGAGCGUCUCCAGGGCAAGCCAUCUGGAAGCUGGGAAAUUCCUGUGUAUGGCUCAAUUAUGGGUGAGAGAGAACACAGGGGAGAUUGUCAUGAAAGCUAGCAAAACGUCAAACAUCCUCCAGGUGAAGGUUACACCCCCAGUGAGCAAAUUACAGGUCAACAAGGAGAUCAGAAACAUAGAGAAAAGGAUUAAUGAUAUCGUCGAGGUUGAAUGCAGAAUUUCAGCUCAAACACAGAAUGAUUCACAAUUUGCAGUAACGUGGCUCUUCAGGAAAGCACAGGACUCUAACACUGGGGAUGAAAACCUUCUGCAAACUGAUCGCAAUAAUAUCAUCCAGUACUACGGUGAGCUGCUCACGGACACUCAGAAGAAGAUGAAAUUCCAGGGGGAGAAGACCUCUAACGGGGUGUACAAACUGAUUGUACAGAAAACGGAUGUGACCGACAGUGGGAGAUACCACUGCCGCGUGGAGGAAUGGCUCUCAGACCCCAACAACGUGUGGUACAAAAUAGGAGAGGAUAUGUCGGGGGUGACAGAUCUUCAAGUCCUUAGAGCAGGUGUGAAAUUACAACUCAGUAAAACGAAUAGCACAGUGACGACCAUCGAGGAUGAUGUUGAAAUUAAAUGUAAUAUCGAGAGUCAGUUACAGAGGCAGUCACAAUUCUCAGUCAUGUGGUACUACAACCAAGAACAGGAACCAGAUUCCAAGGGAAUAAGCCUUCUUAAAACCGAUCACAAUAAUAUCCUGAUCCAGUACCCAAAGUCGCAGAUGGGUGCCCAGAAGAUGAAAUUUCAGAGCAUAAAGGUUUCCAACAGCAAGUUCAAGUUGAUCAUUCAGAAACCAGAGCCCAGGGACAGCGGUGUUUACUAUUGUCGUGUGGAAGAGUGGGUCUUAAACGCUCAAAACGAAUGGUACAUUCAAGGGGACGAUUUGUCUGGAUUAACAAAGCUUGAGGUCCAAGCACCAGAAAGCAGAUUACAAGUGUACAAAACUGAGGUAAGUAUCAGUGUACAGUCAAAGGAGCUGUUCCACCUUCAUUGCAACAUCACCUCCCAAACCAAGGAUGAUUCCCAAUUUGCUGUGUCCUGGUUUACUUUGAAAGCAAACCAGGGAGCUCACGAAAAGAAAAACCAAGAGGUUUUAAAAAUCAAUCACAAUUCUGUCUUUGAGUAUGGAGCUGAGGGGAUGAAGGACAGGCUACAGCUUGAGCGACUCUCCAAUAGAUUGUACAGCUUGACAGUGCACAACGCCAAUACGGGCGACAGUGGGAUCUACUAUUGUGAUGUGGAAGAGUGGAUUCAAAGUGUCAACAACACCUGGUAUAAACUAGGGGAGGCGCAAUCUGGAUUGGCCAUGGUUACGGUAGAAACAAUAGCUCCUACUCUUCACUCAAACAUCUGCGCAUCAGAGUCCAUGUUCUACUUCAUAUUUAUCUACCCAUUUAUCAUUUUCGUGGCUCUCAUUGCACUUUCAAUAUAUUUUUACCUCCGGCCGAAGAAACCAAAAAGAUCUGUCAAUGAUAAGAUCUUCUGGACUCCCAUUGAGAAAAUAAUGGGAGAGCCCAAGUUGGAAGAAGAUUUGACCCUGAAAUAAUGUGCUAUGGAACACCGUUAUUGUAAAAGCUUAAACGCCCUUUGAAAAUUUCACCUGUGACUGUUACUGCUAUUGAAAAUUACGUAAAAGGAGCAGCUAAUAGUACGGCUGGUGAAGAAGAAGAAGAAGAAGAACAGGAGGAAAAAGAAAAAAAGGAAGCUUAAAUGAGGAUAAUUCAAUCACUUUAAAGUGGAGGCGCAUGUUCAGGUGAUUCAUUCAUCUGAAAGAUUACAUCCGCUUUUUCUAAUAUUGAAAAAAAAGUAAUUUGACUUGAAUUGGGAAUUCUUGCCUUCUAAGAGAUUUUUUUUAAAUACGGCCUCUUUGUUGUCUACAAUAUGAUAUGGAAUCUCAGUUUUUCUCCAAGCCGAACAGCUGUAUAAUAUGCCAGCUUCACAUUACCGCCAGAAUUUGUGCUAUCGCAAUUCAGCAGCAACACAGUCUUAACAACAUUCCUAGCCCAAUAUUCUUUACAAUUUGCUGCCCGGUGCUCAAAGGGUAAAUGCAUUGCAUUGUGUGGUGUACUGAGAUAUAGAGAACAGGAAAGUCCCAAGAUUCGAUCCCUGGUCUAUCAUGAGUUAGUUGGCCUGAGUUGUUUAGCAAUGAGGUUGCUGUGAUCUUACUGAAUGUCACUGAUCCAGAGAGGGAAGGAGUUAAAUCAGAACAAUUCCUUUUUGUUCACUAGCAAAGUUCUGCUGGAACGGGAGAAUAUGUGGAUGCCUGGUGAAGAUAGGGGGGCGGUUUGGCUGUAAUACACCCAUGGUCGUGGCUAAUUGAAGGAGAAGUAGCAUUUCAACCGGGGUACUGUUGGGAUUCUUAGAACAGAACCCAAGCAUGAAUCAUUGCCUCAGGGUAGGAGAGAAAAAGUAAUGCUGCCUCAGGGGAAGCUUUGUUCGGAUAAUUUAUCUGAGAGCAAUGCUACGUCUUGUUUUUAUUUGAACAUGUAAAGAUUUGAUCUAUAUAUAUGUGUUUGUAUAUAUAAAUUGAAGUUGUUUUAUUCUUGAAGCCAGACUUUUAUUCAAAUGCAAAGCGUUCUACGUUUUCUAAUUUAAAGUUCCACUUUUUUUGUGCGUUUGCUAAGAAAAACUAUUUUUGUUGCCUUGAUUUUUUUGUUACAAUAAUAAAAUUUUAAA